UCACUAGUGCCUCGGCCGCGGGAGGGAGCGCAGGGGCGCGGGGCGCGGGCGCGGGCGCGAGCGCAGCGGAGGAACGAGCCGGGGAACGAGCGGGGGCACGAGCCGGGCCCGGAGGCCGCGAGGGUCCCAGCGCCGCCCGCCCGCCGAGAAGCAGAGAGCAGCCGCGGGCCGCCGCCGCCGCUCGUGGGACCGUCCGGCGCGCGCCCGUGCGCCCGAGCCCCGCCGUCCCGGCGCAGGAGGCCGCCCCCCGGCGCAGCGGGCAGGGGGCGGGCAGGCAUGCUGCGGCUCCCGGCGCCCCUGCUCUGCCUGGUGCUGCUGCCCGCGCUCGCCGCACGAGGUCUGCGAUGUUCCCAGCCCAGUGAGGGCUGCCUGAAUGGCGGGAAGUGUGAAGUGUUCCCCAACGGCACCGAGGCCUGUGUCUGCAGUGGGGCCUUCGCGGGCCAGCGGUGCCAGGCGCCCAACCCCUGCCUCAGCGCCCCCUGCAAGAACGCUGGGACGUGCCACGCUGUGGACCGUGGGGGUCUGGUGGACUACGCCUGUACCUGCCGCCUGGGCUUCUCCGGGCCCCUCUGCCUGACACCCCGAGACAACGCCUGCCUGUCUACCCCCUGCCGCAAUGGGGGCACCUGUGACCUGCUCACGCUCACCGAGUACAAGUGUCGCUGCCCCCCAGGCUGGUCAGGGAAGACGUGCCAGCAGGCCGACCCAUGCGCCUCCAACCCCUGUGCCAACGGCGGCCAGUGCCUGCCCUUCGAGGCCUCGUACAUCUGUGGCUGCCCGCCCGGCUUCCACGGCCCCACCUGCCGGCAGGACGUGAACGAGUGCAGCCAGAACCCUAGGCUUUGCCAGAACGGGGGCACCUGCCACAACGAGGUCGGCUCCUACCGCUGCACCUGCCGCGCCACCCACACCGGUCCCCACUGCGAGCUCCCCUAUGUGCCAUGCAGCCCCUCCCCCUGCCAGAAUGGGGGCACCUGCCGCCCCACGGGGGACACCACCCACGAGUGCGCCUGCCUGCCAGGCUUCACCGGCCAGAACUGUGAGGAGAACGUGGACGACUGUCCCGGGAACAACUGCGAGAACGGAGGGGCCUGUGUGGACGGUGUGAACACCUACAACUGCCGCUGCCCCCCGGAGUGGACAGGUCAGUACUGCACCGAGGACGUGGAUGAGUGCCAGCUGAUGCCAAACGCCUGCCAGAAUGGCGGGACGUGCCACAACAGCCACGGCGGCUAUGCCUGUGUGUGCGUCAACGGCUGGACAGGCGAGGACUGCAGCGAGAACAUCGACGACUGCGCCAGUGCUGCCUGCUUCCACGGUGCCACCUGCCACGACCGCGUGGCCUCUUUCUACUGCGAGUGUCCCCACGGCCGCACGGGUCUGCUCUGCCACUUGAACGAUGCGUGCAUCAGCAACCCUUGCAACGAGGGCUCCAACUGUGACACCAACCCUGUGAACGGCAAGGCCAUCUGCACCUGCCCCUCGGGGUACACGGGGCCAGCCUGCAGUCAGGACGUGGACGAGUGCUCACUGGGCGCCAACCCCUGUGAGCACGCGGGCAAGUGCAUCAACACACUGGGCUCCUUCGAGUGCCAGUGUCUGCAGGGCUACACCGGCCCCCGCUGCGAGAUCGACGUCAACGAGUGCAUCUCAAACCCGUGUCAAAAUGACGCUACCUGCCUGGACCAGAUUGGGGAGUUCCAGUGCAUCUGCAUGCCUGGCUACGAGGGCGUGCACUGUGAGAUCAACACGGACGAGUGUGCCAGCAGCCCCUGUCUCCAGAACGGCCACUGCCUGGACAAAAUCAACGAGUUUGUGUGCGAGUGCCCCACGGGCUUCACCGGACAUCUGUGUCAGUAUGACGUGGAUGAGUGCGCAAGCACACCCUGUGAGAACGGCGCCAAGUGCCUGGAUGGGCCCAGCACCUACACCUGCGUGUGCACGGAAGGCUACACAGGGCCGCACUGUGAGGUGGACAUUGAUGAGUGUGACCCGGACCCGUGCCACUACGGGGUGUGCAAGGACGGGGUGGCCACCUUCACCUGUCUGUGCCAGCCAGGCUACACGGGCCACCACUGUGAGAGCAACAUCAACGAGUGCCACAGCCAGCCUUGCCGCCACGGCGGCACCUGCCAGGACCGGGACAACGCCUACCUCUGCGCCUGCCUCAAGGGGACCACAGGACCCAACUGUGAGACAAACCUGGACGACUGCGCCAGCAGCCCCUGUGACUCGGGCACGUGCCUGGACAAGAUCGACGGCUACGAGUGCGCGUGUGAGCCCGGCUACACAGGGAGCAUGUGCAACGUGAACAUCGAUGACUGCGCAAGCAGCCCGUGCCACCACGGGGGCACCUGUGAGGAUGGAAUCAACAGCUUCACGUGCCGCUGCGCCGAGGGCUACCACGGCCCCACCUGCCUGUCCGAGGUCAACGAGUGCAGCAGCAACCCCUGCGUCCACGGGGCCUGCCGUGACAGCCUCAACGGGUACAAGUGUGACUGUGACCCUGGGUGGAGUGGGGCCAACUGUGACGUGAACGACAAUGAGUGUGAGUCCAACCCCUGUGCCAACGGUGGCUCCUGCAGGGACAUGACCAGCGGCUACGUGUGCACCUGCCGCGAGGGCUUCAGUGGCCCCAACUGCCAAACCAACGUCAACGAGUGUGCGUCCAACCCGUGCCUGAACCGGGGCUCGUGCAUCGAUGACGUGGCUGGCUACAAGUGCAGCUGCCCGCUGCCCUACACAGGAGCCACAUGUGAGGUGGUGCUGGCCCCGUGUGCUCCCGGCCCCUGCAGAAACGGGGGCGUGUGCAAGGAGUCUGAGGACUAUGAGAGUUUCUCCUGCAUCUGCCCCAUGGGCUGGCAAGGACAGACCUGCGAGGUCGACAUUAACGAGUGUGUGAAGAGCCCGUGCCGGAACGGCGCCUCCUGCCAGAACACCGAUGGCAGCUACCGCUGCCACUGCCGAGCGGGCUUCACAGGGCACACCUGCGAGACGGACGUGGACGACUGCCGGCCAAACCCAUGCCACAACGGUGGCUCCUGCACCGAUGGCGUCAACACGGCUUUCUGCAGUUGCCUGCCCGGCUUCCAGGGGCCCUUCUGCGAGGAGGACAUCAACGAGUGCGCCAGCAACCCGUGCCGCCAUGGGGCCAACUGCACAGACUGUGUGGACAGCUACACCUGCACUUGCCCUGCGGGCUUCAGCGGCAUCCACUGUGAGAACAACACGCCCGACUGCACAGAGAGCUCCUGCUUCAAUGGGGGCACCUGUGUGGACGGCAUUGACUCCUUCACCUGCCUGUGUCCGCCGGGCUUCACGGGCAGCUACUGCCAGCACGAUGUCAACGAGUGCGACUCGCGGCCCUGCCUGCAUGGGGGCACCUGCCAGGACAGUUACGGGACCUACAAGUGUACCUGCCCCCAGGGCUACACGGGCCUCAAUUGCCAGAGCCUCGUGCGCUGGUGCGACUCCUCCCCCUGCAAGAACGAUGGCAAGUGCUGGCAGACCAGCGCCCUGUACCGGUGCGAGUGCCACAGCGGCUGGACUGGCCUCUACUGCGACGUGCCCAACGUGUCCUGUGAGGUGGCCGCCCAGCGGCAAGACAUCAACGUCACCCACCUGUGCCGAAACGGGGGGCUCUGCGUAGAUGCGGGCAACACCCACCAUUGCCGCUGCCAGGCAGGCUACACGGGCAGCUACUGCGAGGACCAGGUGGACGAGUGCUCACCCAGCCCCUGCCAGAACGGGGCCACCUGCACCGACUACCCUGGUGGCUACUCCUGUGAGUGUGUGGCCGGGUACCAUGGCGUGAACUGCUCCGAGGAGAUCAACGAGUGUCUGUCCCAGCCGUGCCGGAACGGGGGCACCUGCAUCGACCUCACUAACACCUACAAGUGCUCCUGUCCCCGGGGCACACAGGGCAUGCACUGUGAGGUCAACGUGGAUGACUGCAGCCCCCCCAUCGACCCCAUCUCCCGGGGCCCCAAGUGCUUUAACAAUGGCACCUGUGUGGACCAGGUGGGCGGCUACAGCUGCACCUGCCCACCCGGCUUCGUGGGCGAGCGCUGUGAGGGGGACGUGAAUGAGUGCCUGUCCAACCCCUGCGACGCCCGUGGCACCCAGAACUGCGUGCAGCGCGUCAACGACUUCUACUGCGAGUGCCGCGCCGGCCACACUGGACGCCGCUGUGAGUCGGUCAUCAACGGCUGCAAGGGCAGGCCCUGCCAGAACGGGGGCACCUGCGCGGUGGCCUCCAACACUGCCCGCGGGUUCAUCUGCAAGUGCCCGGCGGGCUUCGAGGGCGCCACGUGCGAGAACGACGCGCGCGCCUGUGGGAGCCGGCGCUGCCUCAACGGCGGCACGUGCAUCUCGGGCCCACGCAGCCCUACCUGCCUGUGCCUGGGCGCCUUCACCGGCCCCGAGUGCCAGUUCCCAGCCGGCAGCCCCUGCGUGGGCGGGAACCCUUGCUACAACCAGGGCAGCUGCGAGCCCACGGCCGAGAGCCCCUUCUACCGCUGCCUGUGCCCUGCCAAGUUCAACGGGCUCCUGUGCCACAUCCUGGACUACAGCUUCGGGGGCGGCCUGGGCCUGGACAUCCCGCCACCGCAGGUCGAGGAGGCGUGUGCGCUGCCCGAGUGCCGCGAGGAGGCGGGCAACAGGGUGUGCAGCCUGAGCUGCAACAACCACGCGUGCGGCUGGGACGGCGGCGACUGCUCGCUCAACUUCAACGACCCCUGGCAGAACUGCUCGCAGUCGCUGCAGUGCUGGAAGUACUUCAGCAACGGCCGCUGCGACAGCCAGUGCAGCUCCGCCGGCUGCCUGUUCGACGGCUUCGACUGCCAGCGCGCGGAGGGCCAGUGCAACCCCCUGUACGACCAGUACUGCAAGGACCACUUCGGCGACGGGCACUGCGACCAGGGCUGCAACAGCGCCGAGUGCGAGUGGGACGGGCUGGACUGCGCGGAGCACGUGCCCGAGCGGCUGGCGGCCGGCGCGCUGGUGCUGGUGGUGCUGACGCCGCCCGCACAGCUGCGCAACCGCUCCCUGCACUUCCUGCGGGAGCUCAGCCGCCUGCUGCACACCAACGUGGUGUUCAAGCGCGACGCCCACGGCCAGCCCAUGAUCUUCCCGUACUACGGCCGCGAGGAGGAGCUGCGCAAGCACCCCAUCAAGCGUGCGGCCGACGGCUGGGCCGUGCCUGGCGCCCUGCUGGACCGGGUGGAGGCCGCCCUCCUGCCGGGCGGCGGGGCCGGCCGCCGGCGCAGGGAGCUGGACCCCAUGGACAUCCGCGGAUCCAUCGUCUACCUGGAGAUUGACAACCGGCAGUGUGUCCAGUCGUCCUCCCAGUGCUUCCAGAGCGCCACGGACGUGGCCGCCUUUCUGGGUGCCCUGGCCUCACUAGGGAGCCUCAACAUCCCUUACAAGAUCGAGGCUGUGCAGAGUGAGACCGUGGAGCCGCCCCCACCCCCGCAGCUGCACUUCAUGUACGUGGCCGUGGCCGCCUUCGUGCUGCUCUUCUUUGUGGGCUGCGGGGUGCUGCUGUCCCGUAAGCGCCGGCGGCAGCAUGGCCAGCUCUGGUUCCCCGAGGGCUUCAAGGUGUCGGAGACCAGCAGGAAGAAGCGGCGGGAGCCCCUCGGCGAGGACUCCGUGGGCCUCAAGCCCCUGAAGAACAUGUCAGACGGCGCUCUCACAGACGACAACCAGAAUGAGUGGGAUGACGAGGACCUGGAGGCCAAGAAGUUCCGGUUCGAGGAGCCGGUGGUUCUUCCCGACCGGGAUGACCAGACAGACCACCGGCAGUGGACGCAGCAGCACCUGGACGCCGCCGACCUGCGCGUGUCGGCCAUGGCCCCCACGCCGCCCCAGGGUGAAGCCGACGCUGACUGCAUGGACGUCAACGUCCGAGGGCCAGACGGCUUCACGCCCCUCAUGAUCGCCUCCUGCAGCGGCGGGGGCCUGGAGACGGGCAACAGCGAGGAGGAGGAGGACGCGCCCGCCGUCAUCUCCGACUUCAUCUACCAGGGCGCUAGCCUGCACAAUCAGACGGACCGCACCGGCGAGACCGCCCUGCACCUGGCCGCCCGCUACUCGCGCUCCGAUGCGGCCAAGCGCCUGCUGGAGGCCAGCGCAGAUGCCAACAUCCAAGACAACAUGGGGCGGACCCCGCUGCACGCGGCCGUGUCUGCCGACGCACAGGGAGUCUUCCAGAUCCUCAUCCGGAACCGAGCCACAGACCUGGACGCCCGCAUGCACGACGGCACGACGCCGCUGAUCCUAGCCGCCCGGCUGGCUGUGGAGGGCAUGCUGGAGGACCUGAUCAACUCGCACGCGGAUGUCAACGCCGUGGACGACCUGGGCAAGUCUGCCCUGCACUGGGCUGCCGCCGUGAAUAACGUGGAGGCAGCCGUCGUACUAUUGAAGAACGGGGCCAACAAAGACAUGCAGAGCAACAAGGAGGAGACACCCCUGUUCCUGGCUGCUCGGGAGGGCAGCUACGAGACCGCCAAGGUGUUGCUGGACCACUUCGCCAACCGGGACAUCACAGACCACAUGGACCGUCUGCCUCGCGACAUUGCACAAGAGCGUAUGCACCACGACAUCGUGCGGCUGCUGGAUGAGUACAGCCUGGUGCGCAGCCCCCCGCUGCACGGCACCGCCCUAGGCGGCGCGCCCACCCUGUCCCCGCCACUCUGCUCCCCCAACGGCUACCUGGGCAACCUCAAACCGGCCGUGCCAGGCAAGAAGGCCCGCAAGCCCAGCACAAAGGGCCUGGCCUGUGGCGGCAAGGAGGCCAAGGACCUCAAGGCGCGGAGGAAGAAAUCCCAGGACGGCAAGGGCUGCCUGCUGGACAGCUCGAGCGUGCUGUCGCCCGUGGACUCCCUUGAGUCGCCCCACGGCUACCUGUCGGACGUGGCCUCGCCGCCCCUCCUGUCCUCUCCGUUCCAGCAGUCCCCGUCCGUGCCCCUCAGCCACUUGCCCGGCAUGCCCGACGCCCACCUGGGUGUUGGCCACCUGAGUGUGGCUGCCAAGCCCGAGAUGGCAGCCCUGGGCGCAGGCGGCCGGCUGGCCUUCGAGGGGGGCCCGCCCCGGCUCUCCCACCUGCCCGUGGCCUCCAGCACCAGCACAGUCCUGGGCGCCGGCGCGGGCGGCGCAGCCGUGAAUUUCAGCGUAGGGGGGUCUGCAGGCUUGAACAGCCAGUGCGAGUGGCUGUCCCGGCUGCAGAACGGCCUGGUGCCCGGCCAGUACAACCCGCUACGCGGGAGCGUGGCGCCUGGCCCCCUGGGCACGCAGGCCCCGACCCUGCAGCACGGGAUGCUGGGCCCGCUGCACGCCGGCCUCUCCACCACGGCCGCCCUGUCCCAGAUGAUGAGCUACCAGGCCCUGCCCAGCACGCGCCUGGCCGGCCAGCCUCACCUGGAGCCGCACCUGGUGCAGGCGCAGCUGCAGCCGCCGCCGCAGGCAGCCCCGUCGGGCAUGGUUGGGCCACCUCCAGCUGGGACUCCUCAGAGCAUGUUCUGGUCCAACAGACCGUACAGGAGACAGGCAAAUAAUAAUGCACCCGGAACUCCGAUCACCUGCCCGCUGCAGCCCGUGACGGAUCCAUUUGCUUUUAGUAGACAGGCGCUACAAAGUACAUCGUUGGGCAGUUCGUCCAAAAGCAGCCCACCCCUUCCGCAAGGCCCGCCCCCACCAGCGUUCCUUCAGCACCCUGGUCUGCCUGCGGCUCACACGAAUGCCGGGGAUACCCCCCAAGGACCGAUGUCGCAGCCCAGAGCAGAUGGCAGUCUGUUUUCCAGCGUGCUGACCCCUUCGGCACCAUCGGAUCCCGAGGGGAACAAGAGUGCCGCGGUGGCUCCCAGCUCAGAACCUGAAGCUCAGACUCUGCCACAUCCUCAGUACGUUCCAGGAGCGGGUGCAGACAGUCCUCACGGGGGCCGUCCACACACGAACACGCUUAGGCCCGAUAGGCCCCUGAGUAGGCAGAGCCCACACGACAGUGCCACGGCAUCAGCACCAUCCCCAUUCUUCCCUCAGCCUCGUCAGCAAAUGCCAGGGCACUGGGGACCAGGGCAGGGAGGCGCACAACCCUCAGGUCAACAUUAUUGGCCCCGCCCGGAAGGACCUGUUCAGAGCGCGCUGCCCCACGCCUCCAGCGUUUCUCACUUCCCUGCUCUGUCUACCCUGCAUCAUGGUCCCAGCCACGAGCAGCUCAACCCGCUGGUAUCUUUGUCAGGACCCUUAGCCAGUGAUGGAAGCAACGAGGUGGCCUGCCUGCAAAGUGGAAACCGUUCAGCAAAUAACUUUGAUCCUGAAAAUGUGUUCAGGCAAAAUUCUAAAGCUGGGAAUACUCGGGCAAGCCAGGAGCUCAGGCCAAAUCCAGGAGUGAACAAAGAGCAGUUGCCGGACCUUGCUCUCAGUAAUCCCCUCACUCAGGGUAAUAGCCCAGAAAGCCAUUUGCACUGCCCCCCAGGGGCCGGGACCAGUCAAGCCUUGUCAGAAGCGGACUCCGGGGCGCUCUCCAUGUUUUUCCAAGGAGGGGAGACAGAAAAUGAGGAGAACCUCUCAUCCGAAAACACCGGCUCUGCUGGUCGGUCUGACUUCGGUGGCUUCUCCCCCAGCCCCGCACUUGGUCACCCUCCUGCACACAUGGGAGCAGGCGGCAUCUACCAGGCCUUUCCCAGAGGUUCCAACAGUGAGGCCACGCAGCAGGGAGGACACCCGCAACCUUACUUUUAUCAGACCGCAGGCGCCCCGCCUGACCACCCCACCGCGGCAAGUGCUCCCGUGACCACGUGGGGUGGCACACCCGGCGCAGGGGUGCACGCGGCCAGCAGCUCGCAGUCUGAGAACGUGGAAGACCUUGAAUUCAUUCAGAAUCAGGAAGUUCUGCCAAGUGAGCCUCAGAGUUUGGACCUUUCCUCCCCCAGCGAUCAGGUCAGAUAUGGGCCCCUGCCCGGGCCAGCAGUUCCCAGGCUCGGCAUUGUGGGCCACUCUGGGGGUGGGGGCCCAAAUCUCGAGGCGCCAGAUUCAGCGCCGCACCCCGUGCGCUCUGAUAGUGUGUCAUCCGGUUACAGCGGCAAGAGCCACAGGAAUCUCCCCAGUGUAGCCAGGCCCCAAGAUGUAGGCACUUUCAUUCAGCAGGAAGUUGGAAAACCUGAAGAUGAGUCUCCAGGGAGUUUUUUUAAGCAAAUUGAUUCUUCUCCUGUGGGAGGAGAGACAGACGAGACCACUGUGAGUCACCAUGGCAGCCUGUCCCAGCCCUCAACCCCAAGUCCCCCAAAACCCACUGGAAUAUUUCAGACAAGUGCAAAUAGUUCUUUUGAACCAGUGAAAUCCCACUUAGUUGGAGUCAAACCCAUCGAGGCCGAUCGCGCCAACAUGGUGGGUGAGGUGAGAGGGGCCAUUGCCCACCAGAAGCAGCGCAGACCCGCUGCUGCCCCACCUGACACCUCCCCCGGCAACCUGGAGCAGCCCCCGGACAACAUGGAGACCCUGUUCACGCUCCAGGCCUGUUCUACCCCCUUUUCUGUACCUGCGGAGCCGGGGCACGGGCUCGUGCACACCAGGGGACCACCCCUGGAAAUUCUGCCCCUGGCAGCCGAGAAAAGGCCUUUGGCCAGAAGCCAGGGGGUUGUGAAGUGUGAGAGCCCAGUGACGACGUUGUGGGCGCAGAACGAGUUGCCAGAUUUUGGAGGCAACGUCCUUCUAGCUCCAGCUGCUCCUGCGCUGCACGUGCCUGUGAAACCGCAGCCGUCAGAAGUGAUUCAGCCUCCGGAUGAGGGUGUGUCCGCUCCACAGUCCCGGCAGCCAGGCUCUGGCCUUCUGCACAGUGGGGACAGCACUGGUGCUUCUGAGAACCUCGAGAACCCUCCCAAGAUGGGAGAAGAGGAGGCCCUCCCGUCCCAGGUGAUGAAAGACACUCAGGACCAGCGUGGCCUCGAGAGAGCCCAGCAGGAGCCAGCACCGCCUCCUCCACAAGGGCCCAAACCGACAUGUUCAGAACCUUCAGACCCGGGAAGUCCACCUGUGCAGGGACAGCCCCAAAACUCAGUCCCACCACCCCCAAGUCCAGCUCCGGCUGACACAGGUCAGCCGCUGCCACCCCGGCCGCCUCGGUCCUCCAGCGCAUCGGUCGCGUCCGCCAGCUCGAGUCAGGCAGCCGUGCGGUCAGACCAGCACUGGCUGCAGCCGCCUGCUCCAGACUUGGCGUCUUACUACUAUUACAGACCACUGUACGAUGGCUACCAGUCCCCUUACCCCUCACCGUACCCACUGGAGCCUGGCGCGGCCCCCCUCUAUUACCAGCAGGACGUCUACGGCCUGUAUGAGCCCAGGUACAGGUCCUACGACAGCACGGCGUCUGCCUAUGCUGAGAACUACCGCUACUCCGAGCCUGAGCGACCCAGCUCCCGAGCAAGUCACUGCUCAGACCGGCCGCCUGCCAGGCAAGAGUACCCCGAAGGUUAUUACGCCUCCAAAAGCGGAUGGAGCAGCCAGAGUGACCACUAUGCGGACUACUACUCCGGCCAGUAUGAGUACGCAGACCCAGGUCGCUGGGACCGGUACCACUAUGGUUCCAGAUUCAGGGAUCCCCGCACCUGUGACCGGAGGUAUUGGUAUGACGCUGGAUACGAUGCGUACAGGAAAGAGAGCUAUGCUUACGGCGACAGCAGGUCCGAGAGGUACGAUGACCCCUGGAGGUACGACCCUCGCUUCACGGGCAGUUUUGACGACGACCCCGAGCCCCACAGGGAUCCUUACGGGGAAGAGGCGGACAGGCACAGCGUGCACAGCGAGCGCUCAGCCCAGAGUCUGCGCAGUAGCUUCAGCUCCCACUCGCGUCAGAGUCAGAUUUACAGAAAUCACAGUGUGGCUGCCGCUCCCUAUGAGGCCCCGCCUCCUCCCGGCUCCUUGCCUGGCGGUUAUGCCUACGGCGCCUACAGCAGUAAUUUUGGCAGUGGCCAGGGCUUCCCGGAGUACGGCUACGCUGCUGAAGCGGGCUGGCCCACCACGGAGCAAGCUCCGUCGAGACCAACUUCUCCGGAGAAGUUCUCAGUGCCUCACGUCUGUGCCAGGUUCGGGCCUGGGGGUCAGCUCAUCAAAGUGAUCCCAAAUCUGCCCUCGGAAGGACAGCCUGCACUGGUUGAAAUUCACAGCAUGGAGACCUUGCUGCAGCACACGCCAGAGCAGGAGGAGCUGCGCUCAUUCCCGGGCCCGCUCGGCAAGGAUGACACCCAUAAAGCGGAUGUUAUUAAUUUCGCACAGAGCAAAGCUACAAACUGUUUGCAGAACCAGAGUUUAAUUGACAAGGAGUCUGCGAGUCUCCUUUGGAAUUUCAUUGUUCUCUUGUGCAGACAGAACGGGACCGUGGUGGGAACAGACCUCGCCGAGCUUUUGUUACGAGACCACAAAACCGUGUGGCUUCCCGGAAAGUCACCCAACGAAGCCAACCUGAUUGAUUUUACUAACGAGGCUGUGGAACAGGUAGAGGAGGAGGAGUCCGGGGAGGCCCAGCUCUCAUUCCUCACCGACAACCAGACUGCCAGCAGCAACACCCUCGAGAAGGAGACGGAGAGGUUCCGGGAGCUGCUGCUGUACGGCCGCAAGAAAGAUGCUUUAGAGUCUGCGAUGAAAAACGCCUUAUGGGGUCACGCUCUGCUGCUUGCAAGUAAGAUGGACAGCCGGACACACGCCCGCGUUAUGACCAGGUUUGCCAACAGUCUUCCAAUCAAUGACCCUUUGCAGACAGUGUACCAGCUGAUGUCAGGGCGGAUGCCUGCUGCGUCCACGUGUUGUGGAGACGAGAAGUGGGGUGAUUGGAGGCCUCAUCUCGCUAUGGUUUUGUCCAAUCUGAGCAGCAACGUGGAUGUGGAGUCCAGGGCGAUGGCCACCAUGGGCGACACUCUGGCUUCCAAAGGUCUCUUAGAUGCCGCGCACUUCUGCUACCUCAUGGCCCAGAUCGAAUUGGGGGUUUACACAAAGAAAACCACAAAACUUGUCUUAAUUGGAUCGAACCACAGUUUGCCAUUUUUAAAGUUUGCAACCAAUGAAGCUAUUCAGAGGACAGAAGCCUAUGAGUACGCCCAGUCUCUCGGGGCGCAGACCUGCUCCUUCCCCAAUUUCCAGGUGUUCAAGUUCAUCUACUCCUGCCGCCUGGCUGAAAUGGGGCUGGCCACGCAGGCCUUCCACUACUGCGAGGUGAUCGCCAAGAGCGUCCUGCUGCAGCCGCACAAGCACUCGCCCGUGCUCAUCAGCCAGCUGGUUCAGAUCGCGUCCCAGCUGCGGCUCUUUGACCCGCAGCUCCGAGAGCAGCCCGAGCAGGAGGCCUUCGUGGAGCCGGCCUGGUUGGCGCAGCUGCAGCGCGUGGACAGGCAGCUCAAGGAGGGCGCCACGGUGUGGAUUCGGGACGGGACCUUCCCCCAGCGCUGUCCCAGCACCCCGAGCUCUGAGGUGGGCCCGUGUGAUGGGCCGGCACUCGGCCCGCCGGGGGGCCCGGGCGCCGGCAAUCCAUUGCUGGCGCCACCUGUGCCCAGCGCUGAGCACCUGGGCCAGGGGGUGCGGCUGCUGCCUUCAGCUCCGCCGACGCUCCCCGCCAGCCAGCCGGCCCUCCCCGCCAGGGUGCCGUUGUUCCCGGUGCCCCCAGCCACGGGCCCCCUUGAGCUGGGGCCCAGCUGUGGACCCCCGGCUGCCUUUGGCUUUCCAGAGCCCUCUGGGCGUGAGCCUGCGGCUCUGUACACGGGGCCUGGCCUGCCCCCUUGCGCACCGACUCUGCAGGAAAGUGAGCACGUGCCCCAGGAGGCCGGGAGCCAGGACCCAGGGGCGAUGCUACCGGAGGCACUGGGUAGGAGCUCACUUCUGGAGCUGAGAGAAGAGGGUUUCGGUGGAAAAUUUACUAACCUGGGCUCCUCCGGCCUGCCCCAGGACUCCGAGGCGCCCCCGACGGGGGAGGGUGCCAGCUCCAGUGCUCUGCAGCCGCCGACGUCUGCUCCAGAAGUGAAGAGACCCGCACCGGCAAACAGGAAAGACACCAGGGAGCCCAAGAAGAGCGGCGAGUCCUGGUUCUCCCGCUGGCUGCCUGGGAAAAGGAGGACAGAAGCUUACCUGCCGGAUGACAAGAACAAAUCGAUCGUCUGGGAUGAAAAGAAGAACCGGUGGGUGGACGUAAACGAGCCAGAGGAGGAGAGGAAGGCUCCGCCGCCCCCACCCAUCUCGCUUCCCAAGGCUCCGCUCGCUGCGCCCCCUGGUCCUGGAGGGCCCCCGAGGGCCUCUGUGAAUAUGUUCUCUAGGAAAGCAGCGGGAGCCAGAGCACGCUACGUGGAUGUGUUGAACCCCGGGGGGCCCCAGCGGAGUGAGCCGGCGCUGGCUCCUGCGGAGCUUUUCGCCCCCCUGGCCCCGCUCCCGAUGCCUGCACAUGUGUUCGGGCCGAAUCCAGAUGCAGAGGAAGUCCCACCUGCAGCGGGGGCCGGCAGGGAAGGGCAGGCGCCUGCGGGCGGUCCGGCCAACGCAGAGCCGGCCUCGGAGCCCCAGGCCUUCAGCUCUGCCCCUUCACUUGCUGGCCCCGAGCUCCCACCCGCCGGUGAGGACGGCUCCUGCAGAGGAGAGCUUUCACGCUGUAGUUCACUGAGUUCAUUGUCACGUGAAGUAAGCCAGCAUUUUUAUCAGGCUCCCAGCGACCACCCCGGGGCAGCCGCACCCUUCUACAGCCCCACUCAGUUUGCACAGGCCUCGGCCCCCUCCGGAGGCUCCAGGAUGGGGAGGAUUGGCCAGAGGAAGUACCCAGCGUUGAGCUAGAAGAGUCCUCACCCUGGAGUAGCAUCUGGAACCCUGAAGCCAUCAUUCUGCUCCAGCAAGAACUCAGAUGGAUCGCCUGCACCGUCCCUGCGUCCCCGAAUGGGCACGCAGUGAUGCCACGUGAUCGAACCUGUACUUCCACCGCCGUCUGUGAAGGGUGGCCCGAGGCAGGUGUGCAGCCCCUGGAAGGUGCUGGCUGGAGCGGGCGCUCUUGGCUCCUCCGUUCCCCAACAGUGAUUUAAGGGUAAAACUGUCUGUCCUGGAAGAGCGUCGUGCCGGGUGAGGCUGGAGACGUCUUUGCUGCAAGAAGGAUCUCGCUCUUGAGGAACCCAGGUGUCUCUGCAAACCUAACCGUGCUUCCCUGCCCCCCAACCCCCACGGGGUCCUUUAAAAUGCUGAGUGAAGAGCAAGCCUUGGACCCAGGAGAGGCCCCACCGCCUUCCUGGCGGCCGUGGGAGGUCCUUUCUGCAUCAAAGUCCCCGAGGAGCUGUGGGCUCGGUGGCAAGAAUUCGGUUAGCUUUCGAGAGAGGCCCGAGUCCCCGAAGCGCAUCUCCGGGCGGCAAAGACGUUUCCAGCUUCUCUGGUGCCCCGUGCGAGCCAGGGGCCCGGCUUUGCCCGUCCACGGGGGGCGGCCCUGCGGCUGUGCCCCCCGCGGACUGGCCCCCAUUGGUCCACCUUACUGAAACUGUCACUGUGACAAGUUGGACGGGGCUUUCUCCAGUCUGUGACGAGCCUGACUAGACACCUCGAGGGGCCACAGUGCCCUCUGUGUCGCCAUCGGCACUGUGCUCUGUCCUGACUGGUCUUCAUGGUGCCGUCCAGUUGCCUUGCUUUCUCUCACCUGGUUGCCGUCCUCUCAGGGUGGUGACAUCUGGAAGAGAGGGCGGAACGGACUGUUGACACACGCUCUGAGUCCGAGGCUCUGUUCUUCCCGCACCAGAUCCGCAGGUAGUGUGCGGCCCGCCAGCCGCGCGAAACCACUGAGGGGACCCUACCCCCGGACUCCGAGCUUUACGGCUUCAUCGACUGUUCAGAAAAUUCCUCUCUCGUUCUUGUUAGGUCUGAAGAGACUACAGAAAAGAUUUAAGUAUUUAUAAGAAUCAUUAGAAAAUAAUUUCUGUAGGUUCCUCCGGGGAGUGUAGUUUGCUUGGGGUCUUAAAUCUAAAUGCAGAAAUGGUCUAACUGUGGAAUCCGUGCAGGCCUCCUGUUUCCCCCCGGGCCCUGGGUCAUCUCAGAAGGGCCACGGAAGUUGUCCCAUGGUGUCGCCCACACGCACGUCUGGGUGCAUUUGUUCACUUGGAGAGAGGCCGGGACUGAUUGACGGGGCAGCAGUCUCUUGUGUCCCUUGGUCCGCGCUCGGGGGGUUCCUGGGACCCCAGACCCUCCUGGCGGCGCGCCCCUGGCUUCCUCUGCCUGGCCUGCCGCCGUUGCCCGCAGCGGCUGCCAGCGACUUUUGAUUCAAGAAGCUCCCUGCGAGGCCAGGCGGGAGCUGCUAUUUUUCCUAAAUGCAAAUUGUUACACUGCAAAUUGGUAAAUAAAGUAUUUUGCGCUCGCAAGCGCUGUCA